GUUCCCCGCCACCCUCACCGGUCGCCGCCGCCCUCACCGGUCGCCGCCGCCGCCCUCACCGGUCGCCGCCGCCGCCCUCACCGGUCGCCGCCGCCGUCGGUCUGCCCUACAUGGCCGGAGGAUAGGCCAUCCCGCCGGUCCAUUCCCGCCCCACCGCGAGGGAGGAGACCACCCCGGCGACCUCCCCCCGUCCCCACCGCCGCCGCCGCUCAUCCCGGUCCCGUCCUCCUCCCCCGCCUCGCCGCCUCGCCGCGGCGUCCGUCCACCGCCGGCCGGCGAAGUCCCGGGCUCCGAUUCGCGAAAAGGGGUGCUGAAGUUUGUUCCGGCGCCGUGGGAUGAGCGAGGAUGGCGCCUAGGGACAGCAAGGAGAUGCUGCAGCGGGCCGCCGAGUCCGCCAUCCGCUCCAUCGGCCUCGGCUACGACGUCGCCGCCGACGUCCGGCUCAAGUUCUGCAAGCAGCGCGGCUCGCCCGACCCCUCGCUCAUCGAGCUCGACCGCGAUGGGAUCCAGGACAUCGUGCUCCCCGGCAGCCUCACCACCGUCGCCGGCGUGCCCAAGUCCAUCAAGUGCGACAAGGUGGAGCGGAUGCGGUUCCGGUCCGAUGUCCUGUCGUUCCAGCAGGUCAGGAGAGCAACAACGCACAUGCAGCACAGAUUUGUGCGUCUUCUCCAUGCAAUCUUGUUUACUUAAUCUUCAGCCUGGGCCAUCUCUGUCACCAACGCCUACAGCCUGGGUAUGAACCUCUCUUCUCUACUUCAUCUUUACUGAAUGUGCGUAUUCUCUGAACCACUUAUUCUUUGUCUACUGAAUUUUAGUGAAUGUGAGAUGUACUCCUGUAAACUGAGAUGUGCUUUUGUAAAGUGUGUUGUCAACUUGUGGAUUUUAGUGAUUGUGAGUGAAAGUUACUCCACAAUGUGAGUAAAAAUGUUGAGCUCCUCUCAUUCUUUUCCCCAAUUCAGUAUUGUUGUGUAGAAAUUGAUUCAAAAAUUCAGUACUCCUAGGCCAAGAGAGAGAUCAUGUUAAAAAUUCAGUUAAGCAGGCAUGGUAAAAUUGAGUUGGAAAAUCAAAAUAAGUGAAUGGAUACUGCUUGAGUUGGAAAAUCAGUGUAAAUCUACUGUAAAAAUUCAGUACUCCUACACUUAGAGAUUAUGUUAAAAAUUCAGUUAAGCAGGCAUGGUACUCUUAUUUUGGAGUAAAAAUUCAGUUUAAAAGUCAGUUAAAAGUCCAGUUUUAGAGCUUGGCUCCUGAUCUGACUAUAAAGUGUACUGCAAGCUUAUUGCUAGCAAGUUUAAAAUUCAGUAAACACAUGAUUCAGUGCACACUUAAUACACAUGACCUGCUUGUGCUUGUGACUGACUUGGACACAUGAUUCAGACACACAUGUAUUCAGACACACAUAGCAGGUCUGAAACUCCUAGGAAAUCAUUUGCAUAUUGUCAACCUACUGUGAAAUGAGUAAUAGCUGCAUCUUCCAGGAUAGUAUGUGGGCCUCCUAAUUAGUUGUAAACCAAAGCACUUAGACAUUUUCAAUCAUGAGUAAAUCAGAAACUAGUCUCAGCUUGAGUAUUGAUCUUGUGCAUUUUCCUUUCUUUUCAGUGAACUAGUCUCAGCUUGAGUCCUGGUCUACUGUAACUUUUCUUUAAAAAUUGUUUAAUUGACAAAUCAUUUUAAAUGGUGUGCCCAGGUUUCAGUGAACUAGUCUCAGCUUGAAAUUUGGUUCAGUUAACUCCAUACAAGGGUCUCUUUUUGGUUAACAGUUUGGAGUAUAGAUUAACUGAAACCUGACAUUUUAACUGAAUUUUACCUUCUUCCUUCCUUAGGAACAUGAGCUCUGGCGGCAACACAAAGAAUUCAGUAAACACUAUUUUUGCAGAAUUGUUGUUGUCAGUUAACUGAAACUACAGCACAUUCCAAUCAAUUGGCUGCAGUAAAGAACUGAAGAGAUGGUAUGAUAACAACUGCUCUAUUUGUUCUAUCUAAUCUGUUCUUUUCUAUUUAAGAAAAAUAUAAGCAUGCAUUUACCAGUAGGCGAGAUCAUCUAGCUAAUUUGUAGUGUUAUUAUUGUCUAAAUAGGAACAUUUUACCUCAUUAAAAGUACAGCCAUCUCCAAAACUACAACACAUUUAGCUACUGAACAUUUACCUGGUGAGAUGUUUAGUCAUGCAUCCUAAUUCAGACGCUGUUGUGUGUUUAAGUAAUCUGUCAGAAGUGUUUAUUUCCACGCAUGCAUUAUCAAAUUGGCUGUGAGCUGUAAGGUGGAAUGCUUAGUAUUUUUUCUCAUACAGGAAACUUGCUCAGUUCAAUUAAUUCAGCUCCAAUGGCGGUAUCUGUAAGACAUGGAAGUGUGCAAUUUUUCUGUAUGUGCUCUCAUAUUUUUGCUCAUGCAUGCUUUUUUCAGUUAGUUUUUCCCACAUUUUGGAAAGAACCAUGCACAAAGGAAACAAACACUUCAUCUGAUGGUGUACCUUCUUAAGCUAGCAGUACUCUGAUGGAGUACCUUCUUCAGAGGGCAAAUAGCACCUGCAGCAGCAGUCACGGCGGCAGUCAACAGCAACAACAGAGGAGCAGUAGCAUCAACAUGAAUCAACAACAGCAGCACAGGCAGAGGAGCAGUAGCAUCAACACGGGAAGAGGAGCAGGAGCAGCACGGGAGCUCCACCGGCGGCAGGGGAGAAACAGAGGAGAAACAAGAUGCAGCAGCACGGGCUAGCACCACAGGCGGGCACGCAGGCAGAGAAGGAGCACCACAGCGGCGCGUGGGAGCUCGAUGAGGACUCGCGGGAGACCACGGAGGACGCGUGCGAGCUGCUGUCCACGACGGAUCGUGGAGGCCGGCUCCGGCAAUGCCCAUAGGAUCGCGGUGGCGCACGGGAGGCAGCUCAAGGUGGACUCGCGGGAGCACGAGGAGGACUCGCGGGAGCUCGAGUACGAUGAGAGGGAGCUCCUGCUCCACCAGAUCGUGGUGGCAAAUUCCAACGACACCCGCAGGUAAUCGCCGCGGGAGGGGAUCACGGCGGCGCAGGUUUGGGCGGCGGCGGCGGAGCAAGUACUUGGUGACGGCGGCGGCGGAGCAAGUACUUGGUGACGGCGGCGGCGUUGAAGGUACGUGGUGACGGAGGCGGAACACUUCCUGGUGGGUGGCAAUCACGCAGCUUGGCGGCGCCGGCCCCUGGAGACGCAUGGGCGACGACGGAGGAAGACGACGGGGGUGGAGGGACUUGUUUGUGAUUGUUUUGAAACUAUGAGGGCUUUUUUAUAAAAUUGGCAAUGAUCUAUGCCUGCGACAUGUUUUUCGGGACGGAGGGAGUACUAAUUACAACACAUAUACUUAUUUUAAAGAAGAAAUUGUUCAA